AUGGAUGCUCGCACAAAGACGAUUUACCUCCCGGAUACCAUGACCAACUGGCCAUGGCCUCGCGCACUGGUUAACCCUCAUUACGAGGCUGUGAAAAUCGAAGCUGGUUUUUGGUUUCGUAGUUUCGAAACUUUGGGUCCAGGGUUAUUGAAAGCGUUCGACAAGUAUGAUUUAGAACAUCUUCGAGUCGGUUGCGAAGUACUGGAUGUGCAACUCGUUGUAGAUGAGGUCACCGAUAGAAGCACUGCAGCAGGUGCCGAAAGGAUAGUAGACAUCGUCAUCGAUGCCUUACACAAUCCUUACAAGAUACGACCAGAAGGUGAAUACAUCGUUGGAGAAAUGAUGCGACAAUGUUCGGCUCGUGCGAUGCAGACCAUAAGCACGACUUGUUACCCCCGCUUUAUUGAUAGCUUUACGACAUACCUUCGUGCAGUAGCUGUCGAGGCUAUUGACCGCGAACAAAGACAUUGUCUCGGUAUCGAUGAACAUUUCAAGUACCGACGGGAGACAGGUGGCAUGUUACCUUGGUUCGCACUAUGUGGAAUGGAGAUGAAUCUCCCUGAUGAAGUGUAUCACCAUCCCGCCAUCGUGGAUAUGCUUGAAUGUGCUGCAGAUUUGAUUACAGUCGACAAUGAUAUGGUCUCGUACAAUAAAGAACAAGCGGACGGGACCGACUAUAAUUCGUUGAUAACCGUUGUCAUGGUAGAGUUUGGCCUCGACAUAGGUAGUGCGAUGGGUUGGGCAGCCGCCUAUCACACCAAACUUGAGACAAGGUUUAUCAACGGUCUUGCGAACAUCCCUUCAUGGGGCCCUUCCACCGACAUCCUAGUCAAGGAAUACCUUGAUGGAGUAGGAAACUGGGUACGAGCAAAUUAUUGCUGGAGUUUCGAUGAUCAAAGGUAUUUUGGCACAAUGGCUGCGGAGAUACAGGAAAGUAGGCUCGUCCCAUUAUGGCCAAAGGUCCACAGCGAAGCCAGCAUCCUGGGUGGCGAAGGACCAUGCUGA